AUGGUGGCGGUGUAUGCUUUUACAUUAAAACUUCUAUCAACUUCAAUACGCCAUGACUUGAACCUGAAUGAUCUUGAGAAUUUAUGUUUAGAAAUUCAAAAUCAUGCUCUAAGCCAUUCCUUGUAGUAACUUGGUAUAGGCCACCUUGCUCUUCAGCUGAACUUUUCUCACACUAUGAGACCCUUAUAAGAAAAUUAGACUCUCUCGAUCUUGAAUAUUAUCUGAUGGGUGACUUGAAUUGCAGUAUGGCCGCCCAUUUCGACUCUAAUACAUGUUUACUUUAUGAAAUUUCUGAUAUAUAUGGGCUACAGCAGCUUAUAACAGAACCAACUCGUAUUACUGAGUCAUCAUCGUCUUUAAUUAAUGUAAUAUUUACAACCUGUAUUAACAGGGUAGUCUGUUCAAGAGUUUUGCAUAUUGGCAUUUGUGAUCACAGCCUCAUUUCUGUUUGUCAUAAACUAUCUCCAGAGUUUGCUUUCAAAGGGCAUUCAACUAAAACUUAUAGAAAUUUUAGUAAUUUCAAUCGAGAAAAUUUUCGCAGGGAUAUUUCUUGACAGGAUUCGUGUUGUACCAGUGAUGACCCAAACAUUUUGUGCGCUGACUUGAAAGCUAAAUUUUUGUCUACUGUGAACAGUCAUGCUCCAAUAAAAACUAAAUAUGUUAGGUCAGGCAAGAUAACUUGGAUCACAUCAGAACUGCGGAAGGGUAUGCGCAAUCGCAAUGUUGCUAAACAGAAAGCUAUUAAGUCUACCAAUCCUCAAGACUGGGCUAUGUACAAAAGGCUACAGAAAAGGAUCAAUGGAGAAGUCAAAUCUACCAAGGCAUCCUAUUAUGCUAGUGCGUUUAUUCAGUCUAAUGGCGAUUCACGUAAAACCUGGCAAUUGAUUAACCAACUCACGUCCCGUAAGAAAAAUAACGCGUCUGUGAAAGAAUUAAAACUAAACGGGAACUCAAUAACCAAUUCUCACGAGCUUUCCAAUGCAUUUAAUGAUCACUUUUCAGCAAAUGGAACCAAACUAGCUAAU